UAUAGCAAACAUUUUGAAAGUUAACAAAAAAUUGUUCGGAAAUAAUGGGUGAUGAAAAUACAUUAAGUUCGACUGACUUAGAAUUUCUAACAUCGAUUUCAAAUAAAUUUACCAUAAGAACAUUAUUGGAUGCCAUAAAGAAUUAUUCAAAUGUAGACAAUGUUAAAUUUCAAAAAAUUGAGCAAGUUCCAAACAAUUUUAAAAAAGGCGAUUCUUAUAUGUCGAGUUUAUUUCGAUUUAUAAUAAUUGGAACCGCUGACGAUGGAACGGGUGAACGUUUGGUAAAUAUACCCGUGGUAGUUAAAUCAAUACCAAAAAAUAUUGCUAGAAAAAAAACAUUUCGCUCACAGGAUUUUUUUAAAACUGAGAUUAAUUUCUACACAAAGGUUUGGCCAAAACUAUUAGAAUUUCAAAAAGAAAAAAAUGCUAUUGUUUUUAAUAAUGUUCCAAGAUGUUUAGCUACGAUUUGCGAUGGUGAUAAUGAUUUUAUUAUUUUGGAAGAUAUUUCGACACGUAACUUUAAAGCUCGAGGUCGUGGUGAUAUUAUUGAUUUGGAACAUUGUUUAUUAGUAAUACGAAUGUUUGGAUCAUUUCAUGCUGUGUCCCUUGCGUUUAAAGAUCAACAUCCUAUCGAAUAUGAACAAAUUGCGGUUCAUUUAAAGGAAGUUUAUUAUUCAGAGAGUUUUCGUAAGUGGUAUAAAAACUUUAUGGAUAAUCUGAUGGUAGUUUGGACGGAUGCAAUUGAAAAAGAAGUACCUGGAACAGUGUAUGAAACUAAAUUAAAAGAUUUAUUUGCAAAUGAUCUAUAUGGACAACUCAUAAAAAUUGCACAAGAAAAAGGCAAAUAUGCAGUUGUUAAUCAAGGUGAUACUUGGCUACCAAACUUGAUGUUCCAAUAUAAUGACAAUAAGCCACAAUCAGUAUUUUUAAUCGAUUUUCAACUUUCCAGAAACUGUUCCUUCGUGUUAGAUUUAUCAUUUUUCAUAUUGGCCUGUGUUCAAACUUCAAUUAGACGCGCACAUUGGGAUGAAAUUUUAACCGAAUAUCAUAAAACAUUUACAUCGUGUUUAGAAAAGUUAGGAUCUAGGCCAGAAUUAUUAACUUAUGAUGAUUUAAAAAAUGAAUUUGCUAAAUAUUUUAAAUUUGGUUUGGGUUUGGUAAUAGAAGCUGGACCGUUUUCGGUAAUGCCUGAUGAAGAAGCAGCUGAUUUAGAUGCCAUGAAGGGUGAUGGUAUUGAAGAUAUUGGAAAUUUAUGGAUAGUAAAAAAACUAGCAAAAAAAGAACAUAGAUUGGUUUUAGUCAAUAUAGUUAAGGACCUUGUGGAUAAAGGAUAUUUAUAAAAAUUUCAUUAUUAUCAAAUUUACCAAAAGUAUUAAAGAUUUAAUUGAAAGUUUUAAUAAAUACUUUACUGAUAAGAUAGACAUAAUGUAUAUACAGAGUUUCCCAAAAAAGGUAUUCACUGAUGAAGUUAUAACGAGACUCACAAUUACGUGUUUAUGCGUUUUAGGAAGAGGGAUCUACCCAAAAUGCCUUAUAAAUUUGUGUCUAGACCCCAUAAUAUUUGAGAUUAUUUUGAAUUUUGUAAUUUAUCGGUAUCAUAAUAAUUAUAUUACAGAUUUAAAUAAAAUGA